AUGACAGGUGCCGAGCAAGGCCGUCCCCCAUUUCAAGCAACGCCACAGAUCGCGAAUAAUCACGUGAACCCGCUAGCAGAGCAAGCUUCGAGUGCGACCCACACUAGUGGAGGACAGACUUCACAUCAGAAGCUGACGGGCCUAUCACAUCGGGCAACCCGUGAGCGGUUCGACUCUGCGACCGUGGCCGCUAGGUAUCCCUCAUCCAAGAGUCGCUCUCGACGUGAUGAACGUGAGUGGCGGUGUAUCAACCAUCUGCUUGAAGAUGUUCCCUUGGGAGCCCGCGUGCUCGAUCUUCCCUGUGGCACCGGGCGAAUGACCGGGCGGCUUCUCGAGGCAGGAUAUGCGGUUACCGCGGCCGACACUUCGCCGCAUAUGUUGCAACAAGUACGAAACAGCUUUACCCACCUGUUGCACACUGGGCAGCCUGCACUUCAUCUGAGUUGCUGCGAUGUCCUGCAGACGCCAUUCGCCAACGGCGCAUUUGAUGCGGUGUUGUGCAACCGGCUCUUCCACCAUUUCGUCGAGGCAGAGACACGGCAGGCAGCACUCGCCGAGUUGGCAAGGAUUUGCCAAGGCCCAAUCGUGCUCUCGUUCUUUCGCAAUUUCGGAAUCGAUGCCAUUCGAUUUCGUCUCAAACAUGCCGUGCGAGGCACAGUACCACACGAUCGGAUCCCGAUUUCGAUGCGAAGCCUGCAGCACGAUAUCUCCUUGGCUGGGCUAAAAGUCGUGGAUACGCUCCCAACACGAUGGGGCAUUUCACCCCAGUGGUAUGUGAAACUGGGCGAAUCCAUGGACGCUCCAUCCCUUCGCAAAAUCACGCUGUACCUGGCGGCCACUUUCUUGGUUUGCAUGGUGCUCUCGUUUAUCCGGCACCUGCUCGCCCUGAAUGGGGUGGCCUUCUAUCCGGUGCGAUACAUCAUGAUCCUGUUGGGCACGGGACUCUCGUUGGGUUGCGUGAUCGCCGUCGUCUGGCUGCUGCGACCCCCGGGACGAACAUGGAUCUUACUACUCGGGGCCGGGCUAACGUUCUUCGGGCUACAGAUAUUCUCCCUCAACGACUCGGGGUCAAUCGUACUAGCUCCGCAGGACAUUCAAACUGAAAAGUAUUAUCGACUGCUAUUUGGGCCUUUGGCCGAUGGGGCCAUGUACCUGAUCGCGAUCGUUCUGGCUUAUCAUUUCGCCCAAGGUGCAAUCAGUGUUCGUCUAGCUCAGCAACGCGCAACCGAACAAGAACGGGCCGAACAGCAACUUCGAGACAAGCAACAAUUUCUCGAACAACUCCUCGAUUCACAUGAGCGCGAUCGCCAACUGAUCGCCUACGAAGUUCACGACGGGUUCGUGCAAAGUCUAACCGGUGCUCUCAUGCAUAUGGAGGCGGGGCAGUACAAACAGGGCACGAUGGACCCCGAGGCCAAGCAAGAGUGCGAACGGGCAACCAGCCUGGUUCGCGAGUCGAUCGACGAGGCGCGUCGUCUGAUCAGCGGGCUUCGUCCCCCCAUUCUCGAUGAACAAGGGACCAUCGCCGCCAUCGACUAUCUGAUCGAAGAGCAUCGGAUGUCGGGCGGUCCGCCUGUCGAUUUUCAGUACGACGAAGACUGCGAACGCCUUUCUCCGUUGAUUCAAGGCGUGGUGUUCCGUCUCACUCAGGAAGCCCUCACCAACAUUCGACGUCAUGCCGAGGCUCAACACGUCGAAAUCAAUAUCCACGAAGCAAACGAACGGAUUCGACUGUCCAUCCACGACGAUGGGCGAGGCUUCGAUCCGAAUGAAACCCCCAAGAAGUCAUUCGGCCUACGGGGCAUGAAAGAGCGUGCCGAGGCGGUCCACGGAAAAUUCGACAUUGAUAGCAAGCCUAGCGAGGGCACGCUCAUCUCAAUCGAACUUCCGCGGCUCGACGCAACCCAACUCGAAGCCCGUCGCCGCCGCAAAGCUGAACAGGCCUUGUACGAAAGCGAGCUGCGGCUGCAAGCGGUGCUCGACAACACCACGGCCGUCAUCUACCAGAAGGACGUGGAGGGACGUUAUCAACUGUUAAACCAUCGUUACGAGGAACUUUUCAACGUCGACCAAAAAGACCUCAUUGGUAGGACCGACUUCGACGUGUUCCCUCGAGAAGCGGCCUUGGCGUUCCGCGAGAACGAUCUACAAGUGCUGAAAGCGGGAAAACCCGUCGAGUUCGAAGAAACAGCACCCCAGGAAGACGGCGAGCAUACUUACAUCUCGAUCAAGUUUCCCUUGUUCAAUGCAGAAGGCGAGCCCUACGCCGUUUGCGGAAUCUCGACCGAUAUCACCGAACGAAAACGGGCAGAAGAAGCUCUGAAAAAUGCGCACGACGACCUCGAGCGUCGCGUUCGAAAGCGAACCGCCGACCUAUCAUCCGCCAAUGAGCAACUCGCCCGCGAAGUGGAAGAGCGGAAGCGCGUCGAAAUGGAACUGCGAGUCAGUCAGUCGCGACUGCGAGAACAAAUGUCGGUGCUCAUGCGGUUGAACUCGGGGCAAACGUUCGGUCGGGGAGAACUGUCGGCCACGCUGGCAGAAAUCACCGAGGCCGCGUCCGAGACACUCGAUUGCCGCCGCGUGAAUAUCUGGCUGUUCGAUGACACGCGAAGCCGUCUGCAUUGUGUUGAGCACUUUGAUCAAGAGAACAACGACCAUGAAGUGGGCUUUGAACUCACCGCCGACGAAUGCCCGAACUACUUUGCAGCGAUCUCACAAGAACGCACGAUCGCAGCCCACGAUGCAAUCAACGAUCCGCGCACAAGCGAAUUCGCCGAGGGGUACUUAGAUAAGCACAACAUCACGUCGAUGUUGGACGCGGCGAUUCAUCUUCAUGGAGAACUCGUCGGGCUGGUGUGCCACGAGCAUGUGGGGCCUCCACGGCAUUGGACUAUCGAAGAGCAAAAUUUUGGUGGGUCGGUGGCCGACUUCGUGGCCCUGGCUCUCGAUGCUGACAAACUCCAACGCACCGAAUCAGCUUUGCGAACCAGCGAGCGGCAAUUCCGCCGCGCGUUUGCCGAUGGGCCGCUGGGGAUGAGCUUUGUCAGCCCCGAAGGCAGGAUUCUCGACUCAAACCAUACGUUGAGUCGCAUGCUCGGCUAUACGAAAGAAGAACUCCGCGAACGCAAGAUGAGCGAGCUCUUGCACCCGGACGACGCAGAAGAAGCCCAGCGGAACACAUCACAUCAAUUUAGUAGCGAUCAGCCGGUCUUCACGGUCGAGCAACGCUUCUUGACUAAACAGCAGGAAGUGAUCUGGGUUCGCCACACCGCUUCGUUGCUCGAGCAGUUGGAAGCAGACGAGCCGCCGGUGCAGUUGUCGAUGUUCGAAGAUAUUACUGAACACCGCCACGCACUGGAGGAACUUCAAGAGGCGCGAGAGGAAUUGGAAGCACGAGUGAAACAACGGACGGUCGAUCUCACAGAGGCCAACGAAAGUCUGGCCGCCGAAAUUGCCGAACGUCGCACUGCGGAAGAAGGGUUGAGAAAGAGCGAGUACCGGUUCCGUGCAUUGAUUGCCAACGCGCCAGCCGGCGUGUUCUUGACCAAUGCCGAAUCGGGAGAGUGUACCUACAUCAAUAAGGCGCUGCAGCGCAUGUCUGGCAUUACUGAAGACGACGGGUUAGGGCACGGAUGGCAAAAGGUUAUCCAUGAGGAUGACCGGGAUUGGGUGAUUUCCAAAAUUAUGCAGACCGGGAAGAAGCGGCAAAUCUUCGACGAAAUCUUCCGCAUUCGAUUGGAGGACGAGACGGUCAAGUUUGUUCAUGUGAACUCCGCGCCCUUGCGAACCGGAGAGAACGAAUCGACAGAAAAUAUCGGCAUGGUGCUCGAUGUGACCGAGCAAAAACUGGUGGAAGAGCGGUUGGCCUUCAGUGAGAGACGCUAUCGUGCCUUGUUGACAGCCGUGCCCGAUCUAAUCAUACGGCUUAACCGCAAUGGAACCUGUCUCGACUACUUCCCCGGCGAUACCUUCAUCACGCGACAACCGCCGGAAGCUUACAUUGGCAAGAACAUCUUCGAGCAAGUCCCCAAAGACAUUAUUGAUGUUUGCAAGAUCGCCGUUGAACGGGCAUUAGAAGCCGAUGAUACCUUCACGGAGACCAUCAGUGUUCAUGACGAACCGGAACCCCGACGCUACGAGGUGCGGAUGAGAGCCUCCGGCGCGGAUGAAGUCAUGGCGAUCGUGCGAGACCUAACCCAGGCAAACAACGCCGUACCGAAUGAGUCGUGGCGGAUUGGCAAGAAAACCGAGCAGUAG